AUGUACCAAAACAGCUCGCAGCUCAGUCAGCAUCAGCGGUCUGUGUUGUCGAUCAUCGAGCGUGUAUGCUCAUGCGUGUCUGUGUCUGCUUUGGCUAUCGUGAUUGCGACCUUUGUCAGCUCCAGGGAAUUUCGCAAACCGAUUAACCGCUUGAUCUUCUAUGCCGCGUGGGGCAAUCUUUUGUCAAAUGUUGCGACUCUUAUCUCCGAGUCCAGUCUGCAACAUAGUUCCCGAGGCGCCCUGUGCCAGUUCCAGGCGUUCAUGAUUCAGUGGUUCAUGCCAGCAGACUCCCUGUGGGCGCUCGCCAUGGCUUGCAAUGUGUACUUGGCGUUCUUCAAGCAUUACGAUACCAAACGUCUAAGGAUGCUGGAGUGGAAGUAUCUGCUUCUCUGUUACGGGCUGCCGUUUAUCCCUGCAUUUGUAUAUCUAUUUGUCAGUUCCGAAACCAGGGGCAAGGUAUACGGUGAUGCUGUGUUAUGGUGCUGGGUGUCAUUGCCGUGGGAAUUUCUCCAGAUAGCCGUAUUCUACGGACCAGUCUGGUUCAUUGUCUUGGUCAUCCUCGCCAUCUACCUCCGUGUUGGCUUGAGUAUCCGGCAACAACGACACGAACUGAGCAUAUUCGUCAUGUCAGACUUCGAACAUACCUCAGACACCACCGUGUUGGGAGACGUUGAUCUCUCUGGAACAAUACAACCAGUUCCACUUGAUAGCUUCCGGCGGCACUCGAAUAGACAGCGGAACCCUCCUUUUACCCCUAAUUCAUCCCAUCCAAGUAUUUCUCCCGAGAUCUGGCAGACUCCAAGUCACGCCGGUCCCCCAAACGCACCUCCUGGUCGUGCAUCCUGUCUUUCCUACAAUAUCUCUCGAACCUCGACUGCAGACAGUCGCCAGGCCUCGGAAGCGUACUUCAAAUAUGCCACUCUCUUCCUUGCGGCAUUAAUCGUCACAUGGGUCCCUUCGUCUGCCAACCGGGUUUAUGCGCUUACCGCUUCCAAUCACUAUGUCUUCGGCUUGAGCUGCGCCUCGAGCUUUGCUCUUCCUUUGCAGGGAUUCUGGAAUAGCGUUAUCUACAUUACCGUAUCGUGGCAGGCCAUUUUGGCCUGGUUUCAGCAUGUUGGUGCGCAGGCGCGGCGCACGUCGAGUACCACGCUUGGACCUUUGAAAUCUUCCUUGCGUCGGUUGAGUCGGGGUUAG